GAGCAGAGUGCGGCGAGCGCGACGAGCGCGGCGCGGGCGGCGGUCCAUGGCCCCGACGGGAGGCGCGCCGCCCGCACCCGCAGCUCGGCGUCCGGCCUGAGCGGACCGCGCGGCGCAGCCAUCCGGUUCUUGGCUUGGGCUUGGUUUGCAGAUCUUCUUCAUGGAAGCGAUGUCUCCACAGCAGGAUGCUCUAGGGGCGCAGCCGGGGCGCUCCUCCUCGCUGACAGGCAUGUCUCGCUUCGCGGGAGGCCCUGGCACCAAGAAGAAAAUGAAAACACUCGCAGAAAGGAGGAGAAGCGCCCCGUCCCUCAUCCUGGACAAAGCCUUACAGAAGCGGCCGAGCACCAGAGACAGCCAUUCUGCCAGCAUUGACAAGUGUGCAUUUCUGUCGUCGCUCAUGUGCUCCAGUAGGACUCUGCUGAUUGAUGGUCCAGUGGAACUUAAAAGAGGCCUGCAGAGGCAGGAGAGGCAUCUUUUCCUAUUCAACGAUCUGUUUGUCGCAGCCAAAAUCAAAUAUAACAACAAUUUUAAGAUAAAGAAUAAAAUAAAGCUAACCGACAUGUGGACAGCAAGCUGUGUGGACGAAGUGGGAGAAGGCAACACGAACACUCUGAAGUCCUUUGUCCUGGGCUGGCCCACAGUGAACUUCGUGGCCACUUUCAGUUCUCCAGAACAAAAGGACAAAUGGCUCUCCCUCCUUCAGAGAUACAUUGCUCUAGAAAAGGAGAAAGACUACCCGAAGAGCAUCCCCCUCAAAAUCUUCGCCAAAGACAUUGGGAAUUGUGCCUAUUUUAAAACUAUAACAGUAAUGAACUCAGACACAGCGAGUGAAGUUAUCAACAUGUCACUACAAAUGUUAGGGCUAACUGGCUCUGAGAGAGAUUACCAACUGUGGGUAAAUUCUGGAAAAGAAGCGGCACCGUACCCACUCAUUGGACAUGAGUAUCCUUAUGGAAUUAAAAUGAGCCAUCUCCGAGACACUGCCCUUCUGACGCAGGGAUCGAAAGACUCCGCCAGCCCAUCCCAGCUCCAAGAGCCUUUCCUCAUGGAGCAGCUACCCCGAGAGAUGCAGUGCCAGUUCAUCCUGAAACCUUCCCGCCUGGCAACAGCCCAGCAACUGAGUGAUUCCGGCCAGAAGACAUUUAAAAGGAGGCGCUCUAUCAUCAACUGGGCUUUUUGGCGGGGUUCUAGCACACACCUGGACAACCUGCCCAUGUCGCCAACAUCCCCUAUGCCAGGACAGCUCUUUGGAGUUUCUUUACCAGAUAUUUGUGAGAACGACAAUCUGCCAAAGCCUAUCUUGGAUAUGCUUUCCUUUCUUAACCAAAAAGGCCCCCUCACAAAAGGCAUCUUCAGGCAGUCAGCCAACAUGAAGUCUUGCAGAGAGCUAAAGGAGAAACUGAAUUCUGGAAUUGAAGUCCACCUUGACUGUGAAUCCAUCUUUGUGAUAGCAUCUGUGUUGAAGGAUUUUCUGAGAAACAUCCCAGAAAGUAUUUUUUCAUCAGAUCUGUAUGAUCACUGGGUCUGUGUAAUGGAUCAAGGAAAUGAUGAAGAAAAAAUAAAUAUAAUUCAAAGGCUAUUAGAUCAGCUUCCCAGAGCCAAUGUUGUUUUCCUAAGGUAUCUGUUUGGGGUAUUACACAACAUUGAACAACAUUCCUUAUCUAAUCAGAUGACUGCAUUUAACUUAGCAGUGUGUAUCGCUCCAAGCAUUCUUUGGCCUCCUGCUUCCUCCAGUCCAGAGCUAGAAAAUGAAUUUACAAAAAAGGUUUCUCUUCUUAUACAAUUUCUAAUUGAAAACUGCUGUAGGGUAUUUGGAGAAGAAAUCACUUCUCUCUUGGGGGAGCUUUCUGAGAGAAGCAACAGAGAACACACCCCAGAUAUGUCUUGCUUCCAAAUGAACGACUCCUCCUAUGACAGCUUAGAGAACGAGCUCAAUGAGGAUGCUGACGCCCCCUGCAGUGACCUGGUCAAAACACUUGGCCAGGGCAGCAGGAGCAUGGACUCUGUCUUAACCCUCAGCGACUAUGACCUUGAACAGCCUGAGGUAGAAGGCCUUUUAACCCUGAGCAACUUUGACUUAGAUCAGUGUAAAGACGAUCACAUUCAAAUAAAACAACCUCUGGAGCCCAAGCCAGUGAAUGUUUUCGUAGCAUAUAGGAAGGUUUCAAUGGGAGAGCAUGCUAGGGCCCCAGCUGGCCCGGACACACCCAGCUGCCUGCCUGCAACUGCAGCAGAUGCCCCUAAGGUCCUGCGGCGGCACCGGCGCUCCUCGGAACCCAGCAUUGAGUGUCUAGACACCAAGCUUUCCUAUCUCCGGGAGUUUUACCAGAAAAAGCUACGUAAGUCCAGCUGCGAUGCUGUACUCUCUAGAAAGGAUGAAGAUUACCUGAAGCAGACCCAGCCUCAGAAGAAAGGGGAUAAGGUGUGUUUUAAACAGAGUUCAGUGACAGGCACUGAUGUCAGCAAGAGAAACACUGCUAAUGAAAACAUUAGGAAGAAAAGCUUGGCUGGUCAUGAAGGAAAUCAAGUGACACCUUUCACUAAGUCCAAGCCAGUGGCCAUUUCUGUGGCAUCUUAUAGCCAUUCGUCCUCCCAAGACCAUUCCAGGAAGCAGCCCUUUGGUGAGGAUACAUGCAGGGUCUCCCCACCACACAUAGCAGACGCCCAGAGGAGCUCCCGGGUACGUCAUCGGCGCUGUUCAGAGCCCAGCAUAGAUGACCAGAACUACAAGCUGUCCUAUCUCAGGGGGAUCUAUUCAAAGAAACAAAAUAAAACUAGCUGUGAGGCUGGCCUCUUACAUGGAGAAGAGGAUUAUCUCAAACGGCAUAAGUCUUUGCAAAUCGAGGGGCAAAAGCUCAUUAAUCAGAGUUUGGUUAUGGGCAUUGAGGUGGGCAAGAGCAGCGGCAUGCACCAAAGCACUGAGAAGGUUUUGCCCCCAAGACUAAACCUUUGCCCAAGGGCUAGCUAUUCAAGCUUAUCCUCCCCAGGCACAUCCCCAUCUGGCUCCUCUGUAAGCUCCCAGGACAGCGCUUUCUCUCAGAUCUCUGAACACUCUGUGUUUACGCCCACCGAAACUUCCUCUCCAAUAGAUUGCACUUUCCAGGCUCAGAGAAAACAGGAAGAGCUUUCUCCAGACUUUGACAGUCCCAGCCUCAUUUCUGGAAUGCCUGGUCCCUCCACGGGGCAGGCCAGCAGCCACCUAGCUUAUUUAAGAAAGGGUACCACAGAGCAGCCGUCGCAAAUGCAUUCUGUAACUCUUCACCCCAGUGCAUGGUUGAGAAGUGGUUUGGUCACUUUAAAAAACUGGUCCCUCAAAAAGAAAACAAAAGCAGCCAGACCAGAAGACAGGAAAGUCUGUUCCCUAAAAGAACCUCUGGAGUUACCGUCAUGUGCUUCUGGUACCCCAGAGGCUGACUCUCUACAAGAGAGUCUGGAUGACAUACACCUACGGGUAGAUGAAAGACCUGAACAGACAGCCUGUGGGUUCAGUUCUUAUGCCUGUCAGGACUCAGAGCAACACACCAGCUCUCCAUUCAGCCUGGCAGAAAGCAGACUCAAGCCUUGUUUGAAGUUGCACGAGGGAGAAGAGAGUGUAGGGCAGUACCCUUGUGAUAACCUUUGGGAAGGAGCCUCUUCAAGUCUGGAGACUACAGAGGAUGUGGCCAACCCAGGUGCAGAACCGACAGUUUGCAAUGACGGGGACAGACAUUUAACCAAAGACCGUUACCUACAAUAAGAACCUGAUAUCAAAAUAAUCUUAUGUCUUUAAGAACAAGAACUGGGCCAAUAAAAACACAGACAGUAAUUAGAUAACCCCGUUCAUAAGACACCUGGGGUAGGUAGCACAAGGACAAUCAUUGCUAAUAUGGCAGUUUCUUUGUUGAGAUUAUGUGGCAAAACUUUGUUGAGACGUUUCAUGAUCUAAAGUUUUGAAAAGGUUUUCCUAUUAAAACAUGGGUUAAGUCCUUUUCUGAGCUUCUUGGAUACUGACAGAAGGGUAGAGGAAGGAAGUGUCCGUUGUAGACGAUGCCUGCUCAUGUCAGCAGUCUGAGAGUUCAGGUGUCUUGAGAGGACCAGAGUACCUUAAAUGCAGCAUCAGUGACCCAUAGAGGGGAGUGGCAGAGAGAAACCAUCUUUAUACUAUGGAAUAAGUAGGCAAGAAAAGGGGCCACUGAGCUGCUCAGAAAAGCAUGUACUAAGGAAAUCAUGUAAAAACCUGUCCCUGACCCAAGUCAGUGGCCAUUUCUGUGGCUGUUCUUAGUCACGUAUCUUCACUGGGUCAUUUUAAGGACCAGCUAAUUGAAAAAGGCAGAGUAGAGAGAACUAGUGGGUAAAGGGCCAUGGGUGCUGGGACGGCAUAGCCUGUAAUCAGGCAGCUGGUUGGGUUUUGUGGUGGUUUUUCUAUUAGGGUUGAGCGCAUUCACAUACAUCUUUCAGAAAUGAAGAUACAAAGACAAUGAAGGAAGUGUUUGCCCCUUUUAGUGUCCUUCCCACAAUCCCUGUGCAACAAACCUGUGUUCCGGGAAUGUAACUUAUCCCUACAUAAAGGAACCUGCGGACAGCACAUGCUCUCGUAGUGCAGAAGAAUGGCCACAUAAGAACUAGAGAAACUAAUCUCGAGGUCAGUUUCCCUGGCUGACUUUAGAGAAACAAGAGAUGCUGGUGUUGGUAGCAAUGUUCAUUCGAUUGUAUCUUGCUGAUAUCAGUCUGCAAAUGUGUGCAGAGAUGUAUUCAGAUCAGGAAGCUGGGUCCUGCAAUACAGGAUAUCACAGAAAAUGGCCACUGGCCACUUAAUGGCCAGUUACUGUGUGAAACUUCUCUCUGUAAGUCACACUGUUCUCAUUUUGGAAAAUGGCAGUUUCCUGCAACAGCACACCCUUCUUGGUUCCACAAGCAGUAUUUAUUAAUAUGGCAUCUCUGUGGAAAAUGUUUCUCUGUAGCCCCUGCUUGUUUGAUUAUAGUCAGUCAAGAGGAGAAAGGGGACAGCUAUUAAUUAUUCUUUCGUUCUACAGAUUGUUAUUGAUUAGAGAUUGGCAGACUAUAAGAGAUUAUUGAGUAGACCACACCACGAAGUUGCCAUUGGGCUGUCUCUGAUGGCCACUGCCUUUGGAUUUAAUUGCUGAAGUUCUCUACUUUUUCCAAAUAACUUUUAGUUGAUAAAUAUUAAAGUUUAGACCCUGGCAGUUUAUCAUGGACCUUUGUCCUCUCUCUUUACCUUCAAGGCUACAUCAGUAGGUCUCCUUCCCCAGCCAGAAUGAAAUGGAAGGAUACACCCUGAAACAGAUGCACAUCUUCCUUCAUUUGAGACACUCACCUAUUAGAAGUUUCCUAGAGUCUAUGUGAUCUCUUGAAUCCCUGUAUAAAAAAAUACACUCAAAAACUAGCUUAUUCCAAAUUAUUAUUCCCACCAGUCACCAGGAAACUCAUGGCAGAUGUCCCCUUCUCCUAAACAUCACAUUGUAGGAUAAGGAUAAGGACUUAUCUCAGUAUUAAAUAUUGAAGUGCCACCUACCUCUCAGGCAUAGCCUGUUCUCCCUAAUCAUAAUUAAUUUUAAAACUCUGUGUCCAAUGAGCUCCUACAUGACACUCGGCAGUCCCAACAAGAUGUAACCAACUACUUGCAUACGAAGACUCCUCCAUAUCUAUAUGUAUCUUUUGUGGUGUAGGUGUAUAAAGUUGGCAGGUCAACUCUUCCCUUUAGAGCAUACUACUGUCAGAACUGCAAGAUGUGAAUGAAGAUCUUAUGGCUUAGAUUAUCUCUCUGUAAGAAAUGUCUCCUAAACAAAAUAAAGUGUCCUGGCUUUUCUUCCCUCUGUUCCCACCCCCACCCCCUUUCAUAAUGGCCAGUAAAAAGUCAUCCACCCAUUUUGAAGCAUAGAAGAAAAUAGUUGGUAAGGUUCUCCACCAAGCAGUAUGACUCUGUUUCUUUAGAUGCUCCCAGGAUACUUAAUGUGAAUAGUCUGUUAAUAUUGCUGUAAAGUAUUGUAUGAAGACAGACAUGUCAUUUUAUUAGACUCCAUCAAUCUAUAAUAUAUUAGACUGAUUCUUUAUCUCAAAUGCUAUGAGUUUGUAUAAUAUAUCUUGACAAAUUUUAUUACCGUGUUAUGUAACAAAUGUGUAUUUUUGUACCUUGCAGAAACUGCUGCUAACUUUUAAAUUGUUUGGUUUUCAAGGCACUGAAAAUGGACAUGUACACAGUCCAUGCUGUCAAAUAAAAUGCCACCCUGCAGUUAACAGUCCCACAGAGAUAUACUGACUUCGGAGAGUUCUUUCACUCGGCGAGCCUGAACUCCCUUUGAGUUGACCAUUUCAUACAUAAUGAGCUGUGGCCUUAAGUUUUUACUCAUAGUUUUUCUAGGGGGAAAAGGAAUGAAAUUGUUCUUCCUUUUUAUAUUUUUAAAUCUCAUUUACCAUACAAGUUAUGUUUUAUACCUAACAGUCCCCCUUUUGUCAGAAAUUGUGUUUUUCCAUUGUAUUACUGGAGUGAUGCAGACUAGUUUGUCCACACACCAAAAAAAAAAAAAAAAAAAAAAAAAAAAAAAAAAACAGCUCACUUUGUGUAUAUGAGAUUUUCUUUCACAUUUAGGUCAUUCUGACAAAAGAACCAAGUUGACUUUAAACACAUACCAGGAUAUCUGUUCUUUGGGGUAAUCUGUGUUGUAUGACAGUUUCUCAUGCCAUGACUGUAUCUCUGACUUCUUGAGGUUUAUCGAGUAAUCUCUGUAUCAAUUUAACCACUGUUUCAAAGGGAUUCAGAACCUAGAAAAACUAGAUUUGCUCCAGCUAGGUAGAAAGGACAAAUUCACUUUCACAAGUGUUACUAAUGUAGUGUAUUUUUACAAUGUACACACACACACACAAUUCUCUCCAAAAUUUAGAGAAACAAAUUUACUUUUAAUGAGGACUCAAUCUAAUGUUAAUAAGUAUCUUCUUUAUAGUCUACUUAGCAGGUCAUAACACUGAAUCAGAAGGUUUUAAUUUGUCAACCCAAGAACAAGCUUCUUCUGUUUUUUUGUUUUUUUUUUUAAUUACUCCCAGUAAGUUUUAUACUGUGAAUAAUAAAUUUGGGUAAAGCGUU